AUGAAAAUCAGCCCUGAGGGAGGCGGCCCUGCCCCCCCCGCCCACGAGGGGCCCCCAAUCCCCUCAGGCCCCGCCCCCCCGGCGCGCGUGCGGAAACAAAGCGUUGGGGGCGCCCUGAGGGAGGCGGACCUGCCCACCCCCGAGGGGCCCCCCACCCCCUCAGGCCCCGCCCCCCCGGGGGGCCCUCUGCGCGCGAGCCCCCCGGCGCGCGUGCGCGUGUGUGGAAAUAAAGCGGCCCCGCCCACCCGGGGGGCCCUCUGCGCGCGCCCGCCCCACGCGGGGCCCUUCUGGGGGCCCCCCUCGGCGCGCAUGCGCGUGUGUGGAAACAAAGCGGCGGCCCCGCCCCCGCCCCCCACCGUCUCUUCCCCCCUGAGGGGCCCCCGAUCCCCUCAGGCCCCGCCCCCCCGGCGCGCGUGCGCGCGUGUGGAAACAGAGCGGGGGGGGCGGGCCCUGAGGGAGGCGGCCCUGCCCCCAUUCCCUCAGGCCCCGCCCCCCCGGGGGGCCCUCUGCGCGCGCCUGUCCCACGCGGGGCCCCUCUGGCCCCCCCGGCGCGCGUGCGCGUGUGUGGAAUCAAAGCGGCCCCGCCCCCCCCGGGGGGGGCCCCUCUGCGCGUGCGCGUUUUUCUCUCAGCCCUGA